AUGACUGUCAAGGAUGAGAUAUUGGAACACAAGGAACAGCUCGGUGUGCAGUUUGACGACAACUUGUACGUGGCGUUGAUGUUGGGAGCCAUUGCGAAAAGACACAUUCUGAUAUCAUCAAGUGAUCCCAGAGAAUCUGAAGUGGAAUUGAAGACUAUAGUUGGUGAUGUAUGGAGGAUAAGGCAUCAUACUUUACAAAUACAUGGUGAUGAUAUACAUAACUGGGAUCAUAAUAAGCUACUGGAGUUCUUUGUACAAGAUUCACAGAAUUUUAAUAUGGAUGCUAUUUAUAUAAUAUUGGGACUUGAUAAACUGCCCAAACAGUUACAAACGUUGAUAUUGGAGAUUAUGAGAACUAGGGAGAUUGUUUUCAAUGGAGAGAAAUAUCAUGGAGGUGAAUUGUUCAUGGUUGUUGGUGUCUUGGAUGAUUUCCAUGGUAAAGACAAACAAUUGUUUAGUUAUUUACAAGAUGAAUUUUGGUUUAAACAACCACAUGAUCCAGAACCUAAAGAAUCACAAAUUUCACCGAAACAAAUUGAAACUAAUACUGGAAUGAUACGAAAUUUCAAACAAGUUGGAGAAACUGUACAAGGUGUGGUGGUUGUUCCAGAGAUGAAAAGAUAUAUUUAUGAUAUUAUAAUCUUUAUAAGGACUCAUAGAUGUGUUGCUACAGGUUUACCAGGGAGAUGGAUAACAGAGAUUGAACUAUUAUCCAAGGCACUAUGUGUCUUAUUCAAUAGAGGAUUUGUUAUACCUUCUAUAAUCAAAUUAGCUGCAAGGAAACUCUUACCUUCUAAAAUUAGGAUGAUUAAACCUGAACACGAAUCAUCUCUUCAAUGGGGGAGUGAUCCUGAGCUUGUGAAUGAAUUAAUGAAUAGAAUAACACCUCAGUUGAUUGUGGAAGAUGUUUUGAAGAAAGUGAGUCCUCCUUUAUGA